AUGUCUGAACCCCUUUAUGUGCCAAGGUGUGAGUGCAGCAAAAAAUGCAUGAUGCAAGACUGUUGGGAUAAUGGUGAAGCUGGACGCCGCUACUGGGCGUGUAUGAACAAGUUUUAUAGGGUUCCCAACGAACCUGUUUGCAAUUUUGAAGUAUGGAUUGAUGAACCCUGUCAGCAGGAAUACUACAAAGAAAAGUUGCAGUAUCUUUAUCACUUGAAUCACAACAACGUUAUACCCAACGGGCACUUCAAGAAGCAUUGGCAAAACUAUGUAAGGACUUGGUUCAACCAACCAGCAAGGAAAACAAGGAGACGUGCUGCUAUGCAGCAGAAGGCUGUGAAGAUCUUCCCUAGGCCAACUGCGGGAUCACUUCGACCUAUUGUUCGUGAACAAACACUUAAAUACAACAUGAAAGUCCAUGCUGGGAGGGGAUUUUCUCUUGAAGAACUGAAAGUGAGAUUCUAGUUACUUGUUGAAUGUCAUUUACUCCUCUUCA